AAGGACAAAUACUUUCGGUACUUAGGCAAUUGUUUAUGACUUUCUGAUUAUAAAACCAGCGUUGUUUCCUGCGAGCGUUAAUUGUUUCAACUUGAAAAGACGAAGCAUGUAUCUGCAUUGUGGGCUCACACUGCUGGCAUUGUUUGGUAUCAACGUAUCAGAAUGCCUACAGUGUUUCAACUGUCAAAAUAUCAAUGAUCCCAAAUCAUGUCCAGGCCGGGUGGAAUGUUUAAAUAACCAGUCCUGCGUUUUGCAAACCCGUCAUUCUGGCAAUGAAGUUCUUUACAACAUGAGCUGUCAGGACAAUCAGUUAUGCAGUUCCUUUCGUGAUGACCCCAGUGGAAUAAUUGGUCGCUCAGUACAGACAAGAGAACCAAACAGAUGUCCUGAAUGUUGUAGUACAGAUUACUGCAACGAUCAACUCUGUGCUCACAGAGAAGCACAUGGCAGCUGGGCAGAAUGGUGCCCGUGGUCUGGUUGCACAGUUACGUGUGAUGUGGGUCUAAGAAAGAGGUCAAGAACCUGCAAUGAGGACUAUUGCGCCGGAGAUACGAGCGAGAAUACAGUUUGUCUUCAAGAACCAUGCGCUAACAGAAAUGGAGGCUGGUCGAGUUGGGGUGGCUGGCAGAGCUGUUCAGUGUCAUGUGGAGUGGGUCUAAAAGUGCAACGCAGGACCUGCAACAGCCCGAGUCCCUCCGCCUACGGCAAGGGUUGUGAGGGGAACUCGGAGACGUCAGCCGUAUGUGUCAACACACCAUGUCAUGUUGCAGCAUUUAACGCUCACGGCUUCCAUCAGUUGUCAAAUGAUGUCAAUGCAUUUCCCACUGUGAUCUUCAACGAAGGCAAUGCGUACAACCCCAGUACUGGACACUUCACAGCUCCUGUGGACGGGAUAUACUACUUCACUGCCCAAAUCUGCGUUAAGAGCGGUCAUGUUGUUUACUUUUUCUUGGAAAAAGGCAGUGAAAGCAUGAGCGGCAUGGUGCGUCUAACAGCUUUCGUCCAGGAAGAAUCUAGCACCAGCAGUGGAUGUACGUCUGCAUCCUCCUCUGUGAAGCUGAUAAGGAAUGAGCACGUGUGGGUGAGGAUGUUCCAGCAAGUCACCACAUCAGAGAUAUUUGAAGAUCUUAGUUAUAAUUGGAUUUUAUUUACUGGAACGUUCAUUCAAGAGCUUUAA